CAUGCGGUUUCAAGGCACCAUGAGGCACAGUGGCUCUUGGAAACUUUGGCCUUGGGUGGCACUGCUCCUGCUUCCUGCUUCCAUUUCUGUGACCGUCAGGGACAAGCCAGAAAAAUCAUGUCCUAUACUGAGAGCAGAGGGAAGUCACUUUACACAAGACAACGGAAAUAAACUUGAAGUUUCAGGUUAUGAUUUAGGAGAGAGCUUUUCUCUGAGACAUGCAUUUUGUGAAGGCGAUAAAACCUGUUUCAAAUUGGGAAGCACACUUCUUAUUAGAGAUAUUAUUCAGGUAUUUCCAAAAGGUCUGCCAGAGGAAUUCUCCAUAGCAGCCGUGUUUCGUGUACGAAGAAACACCAAGAAAGAACGGUGGAUUCUGUGGCAGGUUUUGAACCAGCAGAAUUUACCUCAGAUUUCCAUAGUAGUUGAUGGCACAAAGAAGGUUGUGGAAUUUAUGUUCCAAGCUUCCGAGGGAGAUGUGUUGAACUACAUUUUUAAAAAUCGAGAACUCCGCCUUCUGUUUGAUCGUCAGUGGCAUAAACUCGGCAUUGGCAUACGAUCUCGGGCCAUUUCACUCUACAUGGACUGUAGUUUAAUUGCAAGUCGGCAGACCGAACAGAAGGACCAUGUUGAUUUUCAGGGAAGGACAGUUAUUACUGCUCGAGCUUCUGAUGGAAAGCCUGUGGACAUUGAACUUCACCAACUUAAAAUCUACUGUGAUACAAACUUCAUAGCUCAAGAAGCAUGUUGUGAGAUAUCAGCUACUAAGUGCCCAGAGCAGGACACCUUUGGAAGUAUGGCCUCAUCAUCAAUAACCUCUCAUGCUGGUAAGAUGUCCGCCUAUCUGCCAGCAAAGCAGGAACUGCAAGACCUGUGCCCCUGCCUUCCAAGCAAGGGAGAAGCAGGAUUGCCAGGAGCUCCUGGUUCACCUGGACAGAAAGGGGAGAAAGGAGAACAGGGUAUAGCUGGUAAUAAAGGCGAAUAUGGUGGUCCUGGAAUUCCUGGGGAAAAGGGUGAAAAUGGCUUACCUGGGGUUCCAGGCUUACCUGGUCAAAAGGGAGAGCAAGGUUUUGAAGGCAUCAAAGGAGAAACUGGCGAAAAGGGUGAACCAGGAGCAAAAGGGGACCCGGGUCUGGCUGGCGUUAAGGGACAAGAUGGUGUGAAAGGUGACUUAGGUCCUCGUGGUCCACCUGGCCCAAAAGGAGAAAAGGGAGAUAUAGGACCUCCAGGACCACCAGACUUAACUGGUUCCUUAGGGAUGCAGGGCCCCCAAGGUCCACCUGGAAAAGAAGGUCAAAGGGGAAGACGAGGAAAGCCAGGGCCCCCCGGAAAGCCAGGACCUCCAGGACCACCCGGUGAAACUGGACUGUCAGUAUUUCCAGAGUCUUUUGGCUCUAAAGGACAAAAAGGAGAACCUGGGGAACCUUUUAUAAAAGGUGAAAAAGGAGACAGGGGAGAACCUGGGAUAAUGGGAUCACAGGGAAUAAAGGGAGAACCUGGAGACCCUGGCCCACCUGGUUUAAUAGGAAGCCCAGGACUGAAGGGUCAGCAAGGACCUGCAGGUUCCAUGGGGCCCAGAGGACCACCAGGAGAUGUCGGCUUGCCAGGAGAACACGGUAUCCCAGGAAAACAAGGUCUUAAAGGAGAAAAGGGAGAUCCAGGGGGGAUUAUGGGCCCUCCAGGACUUCCAGGUCCAAAGGGUGAGACCGGUCCUGCAGGGAAGAGCCUACCAGGGGAGCCAGGUUUAGAUGGAAAUCCUGGAGCACCUGGUCCACGUGGGCCAAAGGGCGAGAGAGGACUGCCCGGUGUCCAGGGUUCCCCGGGUGACACAGGUCCACCGGGGAUAGGGAUUCCUGGCAGAACAGGUUCCCAAGGUCCGGCUGGAGAGCCAGGUAUUCAGGGUCCCCGGGGUCUUCCUGGAUUGCCAGGAAUUCCAGGGAAUGAUGGUGCUCCAGGGAAGGACGGAAAACCAGGCCUGCCAGGUCCCCCAGGAGACCCGAUUGCACUGCCUCUCUUGGGAGACAUUGGUGCCUUGCUCAAGAACGUUUGUGGCAACUGCCAAGCCAACGUUCCUGGACUGAAAAGCAACAAAGGCGAUGAAGGAGGUGUGGGAGAGCCUGGGAAGUAUGAUUCUCUAGCGCGCAAGGGUGAUAUGGGGCCAAGGGGUCCUCCAGGAAUCCCAGGCAGAGAGGGGCCAAAGGGAACCAAAGGAGAGAGAGGCUACCCUGGAAUGCCUGGGGAGAAAGGUGAUGAGGGUCUUCAAGGAAUUCCAGGCAUUCCUGGUGCCUCAGGCCCAACUGGGCCUCCUGGAUUAGUAGGAAGAACUGGACAUCCUGGUCCUGUGGGAGCAAAGGGUGACAAGGGCAGCGAAGGACCCCCUGGGAAACCUGGACCCCCGGGACCACCUGGUAUACCAUUCAGUGAGAGAAAUGGCAUGAGCAGUUUGUAUAAAAUCCAGGGAGGCAUGAGUGUUCCCAGUUACCCAGGACCACCUGGUCCCCCUGGUCCGAAAGGCGAUCCUGGCCCAGUGGGAGAGCCGGGUGCAAUGGGCUUGCCAGGACUAGAAGGAUUUCCAGGCAUAAAGGGAGAUCGAGGCCCAGCAGGUCCCCCAGGAAUAGCUGGAAUAUCGGGAAAACCUGGUACCCCAGGGCCGCCGGGAGUCCCAGGGGAACCGGGUGAAAGAGGACCUGUUGGAGAUAUAGGUUUCCCUGGACCAGAAGGACCCCCAGGAAAGCCAGGACUAAAUGGAAAAGAUGGCUUCCCAGGUGCUCAGGGCCUCAUGGGGAAGCCUGGAGACAGAGGCCCCAAAGGAGAACGUGGUGAUCAGGGAAUUCCAGGAGACAGAGGCCCACAAGGUGAAAGAGGAAAACCAGGCUUUAUGGGCACGAAAGGAGCCAUAGGUCCUGUGGGGCCUCCAGGAAGCAAGGGCUCUAUCGGAUCACCUGGCCACCAAGGCCCACCAGGACCCCCAGGCCUCCCUGGUGCUCCGGCUGAUGCUGUUUCAUUUGAAGAAAUAAAGAAGUAUAUUAAUCAAGAGGUCCUAAGGAUUUUUGAAGAGCGGAUGGCUGUGUUUCUAUCCCAGCUCAAGCUGCCGGCAGCAAUGUUGGCGGCCCAAGCUCAUGGGCGGCCUGGCCCGCCGGGGAAGGAUGGGUUACCCGGGCCACCAGGAGACCCUGGACCCCAAGGGUACCGAGGACAGAAAGGAGAAAGAGGGGAACCUGGAAUCGGGUUGCCAGGGAGCCCAGGACUUCCUGGGACUUCAGCACCUGGCUCCCCUGGUGCCCCAGGCUCCCCAGGUGCUCCAGGACCCCAAGGGCCCCCGGGGCCCAGUGGAAGGUGCAGCCCAGAAGACUGCCUGUAUCCUGUGUCUCACGCCCAUCAGCAGACAGGUGGGAAAUGAAGACACCAGAGGAAGACUUGCUCCCUGGCCUCAUCUCCUUAUCACUGGAGCCAUCUUGAUUCUGUCAAACUCUCAUAUUUGUGGGCUGCUUUUUUGUUCUCUUUCCUGGUGUAAGCCAAACAUUACAAGCAACAAUUUGGAUCCUAACCCUAUAAUAAUUUCAAAUCAGCAGUUUUAGAUUUUUUUCCAGAUUUAUUCUAAAUGUUUCCUUUUAUCAUUACUAUGACUUUUAUUCAGAGUUUUAUAUGAAAUACGCAAACAAACCUUGCAAUUCGUUCUUCAAAGAGAAAUUAUAUCAUAUGACUGGUAGAUUGAUGAUGAGGCAUGUUUUGUAAACUCAUCAAUGUGUGGUUGACCUUGGAUUUCUAAAUUUUAAAGCAUCAGAAUUUUAAAACAUGAAGUUUCCUUCACGUUUAAAUUUACUGCCAUUGUUAAAAACGUUGUUAGCUUUCUCGAUAGUGCAUUGUUCCUGUUGAGUCUUUGACUGCUUUUUAACACAAAGAAUUUCUGUGUCAUCCUACAUCUCUGCUACUUAUGCAGAAAAAUAUAUAGGCAAUAAGAGCUUCAUUUUAUAACUUCUGACAGGGGGCUAUUUCAUCAGGAAGCCCAAGAACUCACCAUAGCCAACAAAAAAUGAUUUUGUAAUUCUUUAUAGUGAGCUCAAAUCAAAGCAAUCACCACUGGCAGGAACACACACUGCAUGUGGGGGAAAAGGAACAAAUUCAGAUGGUUUAGGAAUUCCACAAGAGGGCUGGGGAUUUAGCUCAGCGCCAUAGCCCCUGCCUGGAAGCACAAGGUUGUGAGUUCGAUUC